UUUGUGUUAUACGCUGUAUUCCGAUAUUACUGUCAGUACUGAAAAUCUAUAGUGUACGUAACAGAAACUAUAGAUUUUCAGUAUUGGCAGUAAUAUCGGAACCAAUCGAAACACAACCAUAAAAUCUAACCUGAGCUAACCUCAAAACGCAGACUACGUUGUUCGAAGGAACCAAAGAAUCCUUUGAGUGUUUUAAAAUUAUUUUCAACGCUAAACGCGAGAGAGUUACGAAAUAAUGAAACACCAUGCGAAGAUUGCGCCAUUGAAGUCUUUCACGCUGAUUACGAUCUCUUGAUUUGAUUAUCUGGGCUGUAAAACCUCCGACGAUUACGGACAAUGUUCUGCUGCCUGAGAAACUGCUUUGAUGGCCUUGGCUUUACUGUGACUCAAGCACCAAAGCGGGAACGAAAUCCCAUUGCCUUAGACACAACUCACAUGGGAAAUGAGGUAGUUAUAGUGAAAAAUGGUCUAAGAAUAUGUGGAAGUGGCGGUGCCUUGACGAAUGCUCCUCUUGUCCAGAAUAAAAGUUAUUUCGAGGUGAAAAUACAACAGGGCGGUGUAUGGGGCAUCGGACUGGCUAGGAGAGAAACGGAUCUUAAUAUCGUUGUAGGUGGAAAAGAUUCGGAAAGCUGGGCGCUCGAUUCCGAUGGUAUCAUAAGGCACAACGAACAAGAGCUUCACAAGAUUCAAAACCCCGUACAGGAAGGAGAUGUCAUUGGAGUAUCUUACGAUCAUGUAGAGUUAAAUUUUUAUUUGAAUGGAGAAUCCAUGAAUGCACCAGUUAUAGGUGUAAAAGGACGAAUUUACCCAGUGCUAUAUGUGGAUGAUGGAGCCAUCCUGGACUUGAUUCUAGAAAAUUUCAUUCACACUCCACCGAUGGGCUUCGAGAAAAUAAUGCUGGAACAAUCAUUGCUUUAGCAGAGCGAUAUAAGCAAAAUUGUUAUUGUAUUGUCAAAAUUGACACUCCUCCAAUUCGAGUUUCGUUAAACAUUGAGCCAAAUUAAAAGUUCAAGUUGAAUGCGUUAAGAAAAGAAUGAUAACGAACAGCAAACCACAACAGCAUAGUAUUAAGAAAUAAUGUCACAAACAUUUGUCAUGACAAUUGCAUGAUAAUAUAUUUAACCAAAAAACGUGAUAUAAGCGAUUUGCCUAACGAUAUGAAAAUUUGUAUCUAUUUUUCGAUCUAUCUCUACAGAACAGAGAUUCACGAUAAGCAGAUUUUACAUAAAUGAAAGUGAAUUCUUUAGAUUUAUUAUAUAAAUUAAAGGGUUUAUAUAUACAACGUUUAAACUUUCGAGUGAGUUAGAUUUAACUCUAUUCCGAUCUGUGUAUAUUACAAUAAUUCUACAUACCUUUGUAUAAUUGUAUAAUAGAUGUAAUCAUAAAUAUGUGUGUACAAUUUGUGUUUUACAUAUAUAUAUAUAUAUAUAUAUAUAUCCAUACAUGUAGGCAUUGUAUACAUAAUGAUUUAUUAACCUUAAAUUAAAAUGGUAUGGUAUAUACACUGGCUUAAAUAAGGUACCGACGGCUUUAGGCCUAUUGUUCGCUUUAUUAGGCUAGUGUCAUGGCAUCUCGUUAGCUCUCUCUUUUUUAUAAUUCCUUUCUCUCGCUAUAAAUGUCGUAUUAAACAUUAAAGCUAACGUUUCAACUUUUCUAACAUAUUGAAAAUUUGCGUCUCUUUUUGCAUCGUCAUCGUCAGUCAAAUACAAACGGUUAAAAUGAUUCAAUUAUUGUGUACACAAAUACAUUUUUCAAACAUAUGUAUGUUGAGCUCAGGUAUAUAUAUAUAUAUAUCCGAUUUACAAAAUUUUGUUCCAUAAUAAACCGCAUACUAUUGCAUGUAAUAAAAAUUAAAUUUUCAUAAAUGUUUUUUUAUUCGACAUAAGAAUCGAUCACAGUUAGAUAAACGCCUUUAAUCGUAAUAUGAAAAAUGAUGAGUUAAAAGGAUAAAUGUUAAAGUAACCGCUAGCGCUUAUCAUCGAUGCAAUGAACUCUUCAAAUAACGAGUAUAAAAAGUUUCUUACGAUUGUUUGUGCUGCAAGCUUCAAUACUUGCUGAAACAUAUCAAAUCUUUGGUCCUUAAUAUUAAUUGUAAACAAUUAUUAAUAUCAUUAAUGUCACACGCUUAACUUAUGCAUUUAUACCAUACAAAUAGGUCAUUCGAUUGAAACAAUGUAAUUUUAAAUUAUUAUCUUAUAUUAUUUGCCAUAUAAUGAAAUCUUUAUUAUUGUAUUAGAUGUAACAUAACUAUUUUUAGCAGAUCCUUUCUUCUUAAAUACAAGAUUUUUAUGGCACUCUGUUUCUUAUAUAACUUACUAGAUACGUAUAUAUUGUAUUCAUUCGAAAGACCAUCCUCAAGAGAGCCUUUGUGAUCUAUUAUUAACUAGUUAUUAACACUACACAAUUCUAACAGCUGUAUUACAUUUAUUUUAUGACUGGAUGAUAUAAGAUAGUUAUAAUGGUAACCCAUUCGAUCGCAGUCGCCUUAUUGCACUUUUAUUACAUAUAAAGUCUCAGUGUUACAUCUGUCAAAGUAGCACUGACUAUUAUACAAAUAAUCACAUCAUCUGAUGCAUUAUACCGUCACUUAAUUAAAUUAUAUAGGCCUGCGAUAAAACAAUUUAAAUAAUUUUAUUGUAUGUGCGUGCGUGCGUGCGUGCGUGCGUGCGUGCGCGCGCGCGUGUGUGUGUGUGUGUUAAGUGGCGGAACUUUCGACAUACAAUGUAAUUAUUUGAAAGUUGAACACUGCUUAAAGCAAAAUAUUAUAAUUAAUGAACAGUAGCACUAUACAAAUAAAUUGAAUGUAAGGCCGUUAAAUGAUCUAAUCUCUCGAACAAUAACAAUAGCAAAACAACGAUGAAAGAUGAAAUCCUUUUUUCCCCAUUUUCAGACAUUUCCAUUUCGUAAAGAUACGUAUAUAUCGAUUAGCAUAUGGCUUACCAUAGUUAGCAUUUUUCUCUUGAACAAUACAAAACAUUUCCAUACAAGGCUAAUGUGAAUAUCGUUUCAAUUAUGCCGCAAAUAAUUUGAUUAAAAAUAUUACUUUCAGAUAUAUUUACAAAAUUCGAUAUCUACUUUUUAAUUACAAACAUGUUUUAAUGAUACAAAAAACUGUAUAAUGCAUAAAAUGUACCAAAUGUUGAAAAAUUGCCGUUGCCCCUGCUAUCCCUGCUUUUCUUAAAUGACAAUAUGAAUAAUAUAACUUGAGAUC